UUAUAACAGCAAUGCGGUGUAGCAGCAUCACCAAAGAAUAUCAUGUAGGACCAGUUAUAAAACAGAACUCAUUUAAAGUAGACUAUACUAGUACCUGGCCACCAAAAAUAGAAUGGACAAAUCAAACAGUGACAUGCACCAAGACUCAGUUUCAUUACAGCUGCAUAAAUACAAGCAAAGAGAGUUUCAACCUUGAUCAACUGAUACCACAGCAGAAUUACACCUGCACUGCGAACAUAAGUUACAGAAAUGACACCUUCAUUGUUAGGGAUAUAACAUUUAACAUCAGCUGUGAUAUAAACAUAGACCUGGACAAUAAGACAGGAAAUACUUCUGUCCUGCUCAUGUGGAACAGUACAAGCACAAAGUGCCCUCUGCUCCUGAAUAAUCUUACUUUUAAAAGUUGCAUAAAAGAACAAAGUAAUCAAGGAAAAGAAAUAUGCCAGAAAAACAUUUCAAAAUACAAUUUCACAGAGCUAAAACCAUACACAGAUUAUAUAUUCUUUGUAAAGGCCUGGUAUGGAGAACAGUAUUUUGGAAGAAGUGAGAAUAAAAUUUACAAGACACUUGCGGGCAAACCGAGCGGGAGCAUUACAAUUAUCGAUUUUAAAGAAAUAAGUCAUAAUUCAUUCAGUUUUUCGUGUAAUUUUGGCGGAAGUUUUUAUGGUUCUGAAAAAAUAUAUGAAGCAACAAUACAAAGGACUGGUUAUGAUGCAGAAGAACCCAAAAAAUUUAAAGAAUGCAAGUUUUCUUUUGAAGAUCUUUAUUAUUUAUCAUCGUACAUUGUGAAGGUUAAAGUGGGGAAUGGCCAGUUUUACAGUGAUGCUGUAUCCAAGACGUUUGAUACCAAGUAUAAUGAUAAAGCUGUAAUUGGAUUCCUGGCAUUCUUUAUUGUUCUUGUGUCUCUGGCCCUCCUGUUUGUCUUGUAUAAGAUUUAUGCUCUUCAGAAGAGGAACUCAUAUUACGUUGAUAUCCUGCCAUAUGAUCACAAUCGUGUCCAGAUGUCUUCAAGUGCUGAUGGGUCAGAUUACAUCAAUGCCAGCUUCAUAGACGGCUACAAGGAAGCAAAGAAGUACAUUGCUGCUCAAGGGCCUAAGAAUGAGACUGUGACUGAUUUCUGGAGAAUGGUGUGGGAGCAGCAGUCAUCUAUAAUCGUCAUGGUGACCCGCUGUGAAGAAGGAAACAGGAACAAAUGUGCUCAGUACUGGCCAUCCCAGGAGAGAGACACCGAGAUUUUUGAAGAGUUCAUUGUGAAAAUCAACGGAGAAGACCACUUUCCAGAUUACAUCAUUCGACGCCUUUGUGUCACAAAUAAGAGGGAAAAAUCCACAGAGAGGGACGUGACCCACAUCCAGUUCACCAGCUGGCCGGAUCAUGGGGUUCCUGGGGAACCUCACCUUCUCCUCAAGCUGCGUCGAUGUGUCAAUUCCUUCAAAAACCUCUUCAGUGGACCCAUCAUUGUCCAUUGCAGUGCUGGAGUGGGACGCACAGGGACCUAUAUUGGCAUAGAUGCCAUGAUGGAGGGACUGGAAGCAGAAGGAAGAAUGGAUAUUUAUGGAUAUGUGGCCCAGCUUCGACGUCAGAGGUGCCUCAUGGUGCAAGUGGAGGCCCAGUAUAUCUUGAUCCACCAGGCUCUCAUUGAACAUACUCAGUUUGGUGACACUGAGAUCCCUCUCUCUGAAAUGCACUGUACACUGACGACAUUGAGGCAGAGGGAUUCGGAUUCUGAACCCACUCUUUUGGAAACCGAAUUCCAGAGGCUGCCAAAGUACAAAAAUUGGCGGACACAAAACACAGGAAUAAGCGAGGAGAACAAGAAGAGAAAUCGUUAUUCCGCUAUUGUUCCAUAUGAUUUCAAUCGAGUCACUAUAAAAUGCGAGGAAGAGAACAGCCAUGAAAGUGAACAAGAUGAGGAUGAGGAUUAUUCAACUGACGAAGAUGAUGAUGAAUCUACCAGAUAUAUAAAUGCCUCAUACAUAGAUGGAUAUUGGGGCCCAAGGUGUAUUAUUGCUACUCAGGGUCCUCUUCCAGACACCAGGGCAGACUUCUGGCUCAUGAUAUUCCAGAAGAAAAUCAAGACAAUUUUCAUGCUUACAGAGUGCAUGGAGGAGGGCAAGGAGUUCUGUUCACCAUACUGGAGUGAUGAAAAGAAGGUCUUUGGAGAUCUUGAGGUAGAAGUGAAGGACUGCAAUACCUGUCCAGCAUACCAAAUUCGCUGUGUUGAAUUACGUCACUUAAAGAAGAAGGAGAAUCGCAAGGUGUACCAGUACCAGUUCCAGCAGUGGACGGAAAAGAAUCUUCCGCAAAAUCCAAAGGACCUGAUAGACAUGAUGAGGACGGUUAAGAAAAAGACCGAGUACGACACAAUCAGACCUGAGAGGAACGUGCCUAUUGUGGUCCACUGCAAUGAUGGAUCAACUCGGACGGGGCUUUUCUGCGCACUCUGGAACAUCCUAGACAGCGCUGAAACAGAGAAGGUGGUUGACAUGUUCCAGGUGGUGAAAACGCUGCGGAAGGAGAGGCAGGGAGUGAUACUGAGCUUGGACCAUUAUCAGUUCCUCUAUGACAUGGCAGAGAGCGCCUUCCCUGCCCAGAACGGUGAAGUCAAGCAAAACUCAGCCAAAGGAGCGGACUUUGUGGACAUAGUGGAUGAGACGAAAGAGGUUAUAGAGCCGAAGAGCAGUGCUACCAAAGCUGGCCAGCAGGGGGACACUGAAGAAGAGGCCCUGGUGCAGAAUGAAUCAGACAGCAAGGCGGAGGCUGAGAAACCUACAGAGGAUGGUACCAAAGAUCCCAGUGCUAUCAAGAAGGAAGCCAUGGAGAAUGAUAUCAAAGAUCCCAGUGCUGUGAAGGGGGAAGCCGUGGAGAAUGAUAUCAAAGAUCCCAGUGCUGUCAAGGGGGAAGGAAUGGAGGAAGGCGUCGCUAAUGGUCCCAGCGUAAGUGUGGAGAAUUAGGAGAAACAUAUUUCCUGUACAAUUAAUUUUUUUCAGUGUGUGAUAUAUUCUGUCAUGAAAAAUAUGUAUGGAGGUUUUGCUAAGUAGUAAUUUUCCUCUUUUAUUGUGCAACUUUUUUUCUGUGAAUAUUUGUUCCUGCAUUUAAAAAUAUGAAUGUAAUGUAAAUUUAACGUGAAUUUUGGUACUUCAGUAAUCAUGUGUAUAUUAUAAUAUAAUAUACAAUACAAAGUCAAACAUAAAUGCCAAACUUUGCACCACUAUGUUAUAAUCAAACUAUAUUUUAAAUGUUUUUAAGUACCUUUUGAAAUGAUCAGCUUUGUUUUACUGCAAAUGGGAUGCUGAAUAUUUGAAAAUAAAUAAAUAAACUUAAUUCCAAAUAA